UGAUUCUUACGGUACUCAAGAAGAAAAAAAUGGAAAUGGCUGCUGCUUGUCGAAGUUGACAAAUAAACGUUAAAAGACGAUAGAAACCAUUAUUUUUAUACUCUUGAGACGAGGGACAUUGGUUUAUUUAUGCGUCUAGUAACAUUUGUGAGAAAUAGUAGAAAAAUCUGUGUUCAUAAUAGUAAUUUCUUAUCCGAGCGAAAAGUUCAGUAUUUAUCUAGUAUGGCAGCUAAAUAUAUAAAACAGAUCUGUGAUAGUGAUAAGAUAUGUAGAUCGGCAGAAGAUAAAAGAACUUACAGGGGUCUCGAAUUAACAAAUGGAAUGAAGGUCUUACUUGUCAGUGAUCCUGAAACAGAUAAAGCAUCUGCUGCAAUGGAUGUCAACAUUGGACAUAUGAAGGAUCCUUGGGAACUACAAGGCUUGGCUCACUUCUGUGAACAUAUGUUGUUUUUAGGAACAGAAAAGUAUACAGAAGAAAAUGAAUAUAACAAGUUUUUGAAUGAACAUGGUGGUUCAUCUAAUGCCUUUACAUCUGUUGAAAAUACUAAUUUCUUCUUUGAUAUUGCUGCUGACCAUUUACAUGGAGCUUUAGAUAGAUUUUCCCAGUUUUUUCGCUGUCCACUCUUCACACCAUCAGCUACAGAAAGAGAAGUGAACGCUGUGAAUUCUGAAAAUGACAAAAAUCUACAAAAUGACUCGUGGAGAGUUCUUCAACUUGAGAAAUCGCUUGCUAAUCCUAAACAUGAUUACUCUAAAUUUGGAACAGGUGUGUAA